AGGCCAAAGCUGCUGUAUAAAUUGGAGGGGUUGCUGGCCGUAGAGCAUUUCCAACCGGAGACAGCAAAGAUGAAGAUACUUGUGUGCGCAUUGCUUGUGCUUGCGGCGGUCGCCUACGCCGAUCCUCAACCGGCGGCCGAGGCCGCGGCAGAACCCUUUGGCUUCCGCAGAUUCGGUUACGGAGGAUAUAGAGGAUAUGGAGGAUACGGAGGUUUCGGCGGUUUCCGCGGAGGCUAUGGAUAUUAUGGCCGUAAAAAGAGAUCAGCAGAUCCCGAACCAGUAGCGGAAGCUGAAGCAGAACCAGAGGCUGAACCUUUUGGCUUCCGUAGAUUCGGAUACGGAGGAUAUGGAGGAUAUGGAGGAUAUGGAGGAUACGGAGGUUUCGGCGGUUUCCGCGGAGGCUAUGGAUAUUAUGGCCGUAAAAAGAGGUCAGCAGAUCCUGAACCAGUAGCUGAAGCAGAGCCAUUUCGCCGUGGCUUUGGAUAUGGCGGUUUCCGUGGCGGAUACGGAGGAUUUGGUGGAGGCUUCGGUGGCUUCCGAGGAGGAUAUGGAUACUACGGUCGCAAGAAGAGGUCUGCAGAUCCAGAACCCGUGGCCGAAGCUUCUCCUGAACCGGAAGCAGAACCCUGGGGCUACCGCAGAUUCGGAGGCUAUGGUGGAUUUGGUGGAGGCUUCGGUGGCUUCCGUGGUGGAUAUGGAUAUUACGGACGCAAGAAGAGGUCUGCGGAGCCCGAGCCAGAGCCCGAAGCUGAUCCAUGGGGUGGCUACCGUCGCGGAUUUGGAUAUGGCGGGUUCCGAGGCGGCUUUGGUGGAUUCAGAGGUGGAUACUACGGAUAAUGACUUGAACUUGACCCUCCGAGAAUGAUGAUAUACUUAUUCAACAUUUGCGCACUUUUGCAUUGUUCGGAAACAAAAAUUGUAAGAAAUUCUCAUGAAGUUCAGUAUAAAUGGAUUUAGUGAAUUAAACUCUGAGAACAUUUCGAGAUAUUUCAUCUCGACAACAAUGCAAUUAUUCUUAAUAAAGAGUAGCAAUUA